AUGCUCAACCAGCUGACCCGAGCUACGCGCGCUCGCUCCGUCGUCGCCGCCGUCACCCGCCGCAGUGCCGGUAACCAGGCCAGGAACUUCAUUGCUCCCACUGUCUCUCGGAGAGCCGAUUUCGUUCAGGAGCUCUAUCUGAAGGAGCUCAAGUCGUACAAGACCCCCGUCGUCAAGGCCUCGGAUGCCGACGCCCACGUCAAGGUCUUCUCCGCCCCCCAGACCCCCACCUCCCCCGAGGAGGCCGACCUCGCCGGCUCCCUCAAGGAGUACGAGAGCAUGGCCGUCGAGAUUGAGGGUCAAGAUGCUUCUGCCUCUGUUGACGGCGCCCAGGCCGAGAUCCCCGACUGGCUCGAGACGGAGGAUGUCGAGGAGGGUAAGGCUCACUAA